AUGAGAUUCUUCAUCAUCCUUCUUUUGGCUCUUUUGGCUGUCACUGCUCUUGGUAAGCUGAGAAUUUUAAAGUUAAAAAUAUUUUGUGAAACAAAAGACAAAAUUGACCUUUUUAAACUUUAAAGGUCAUUUAAAGUUGUAAUAAUGCUAUAUUAUCUAAUUUAGGAGCUGCCCACCACGGUAAGAAGCCAGUUCACAAGAAGCCAGCCCACCACCCUCCAGCCCACAAAGCUCCAGCUCACAAAGCUCCAGCUCACAAAGCUCCAACCAAAGCCGGUACUAAAGCUCCAUCUGGGACUGGUGCCACUUCAGCUGCCAAGACUACUGGUGCUACCGCGGCCGCUACUACCGCCAAGGCUUCUUAA